AUGGCAGAUCUGAUAGAAACUGGCAAGGAGUUCCAAAGACGGAUAGCCUGGACAGUGAAGGAUUGGGAAAAGAAGUUAGUAGAUACCAAAGUAGUAAGAGCCAACAGAAUAUCAGCGCUGCAAGGAGCCAACAGAACAUCAGCGCUGCAAGGAGCCAACAAAAUAUCAGGGCUGCAAGGAGGCAACAAAGCAUCAGCGCUGCAAGUAGCCAACAGAAUAUCAGCGCUGCAAGUAGCCAACAGAAUAUCAGCCCUGCAAGUAGCCAACAGAAUAUCAGCGCUGCAAGUAGCCAACAGAAUAUCAGCCCUGCAAGUAGCCAACAGAAUAUCAGCGCUAAUAUCAGCGCUGCAAGGAGCCAACAGAACAUCAGCGCUGCAAGGAGCCAACAAAAUAUCAGGGCUGCAAGGAGGCAACAAAGCAUCAGCGCUGCAAGUAGCCAACAGAAUAUCAGCGCUGCAAGUAGCCAACAGAAUAUCAGCCCUGCAAGUAGCCAACAGAAUAUCAGCGCUGCAAGUAGCCAACAGAAUAUCAGCCCUGCAAGUAGCCAACAGAAUAUCAGCGCUGCAAGUAGCCAACAGAAUAUCAGCCCUGCAAGUAGCCAACAGAAUAUCAGCGCUUUCAAGUUACAGAAAUAGCUUCGAGUUUGGCUACUGUGACUGGGAGAAUAAAAAAUAA